GUAAUGUUAGCAGUGAUGAGUGAACCCCUGUCUCCUAAUGGCAGUGUCUGUAGUAUUGUCUCAUCUGAAGAUUCGUCAUCUAAUAUGUAUGUCUUUGCAAAUGUGUCGGCAAUACAACAACAAUCAAAUGUACAAACAAUUGAAGCAACGACUUCACAAUCGUGCCAUCAAUUUGUCAAUAAUGUUGUUAACAAACAGAUCAAAGUCUGCAGAGUUUGUGGCGAUCGGGCAAAGAGUUAUCACUUUGGCGGUAUUUCAUGUGAUAGUUGUAAAGCUUUUUUUCGAAGAAGUGUCCAAAACGAUGCUUUUCUUAACUUUCAUUGUCCUUAUGAAAGACACUGUGAAAUAACUAUUAACUCAAGAAAGUCUUGUCAAUAUUGCAGAUUUCAUAAAUGUCUGUCCAUUGGUAUGGAAAAGAGUUGGGUUAUGACUGAAGAGGAAAGGGUGAAAAUGUUGAAGAAUAGGGUUUCAAAACGCAAACUCAGUGACACCGUCUGUGAGAUCAAACCAAAAGAUUUGAAAUGUGAAAAUGUCUUCAAAUAUAAACCAAACAUUAAUCAAAUUCAUUCAUUUCUUAAGGAAGAUGAGGUUAAAUUAAUAGAAAAUAUAAUGACUAAAAUCAGAAAGUGUUCGCAAGAGAUAUCAUUUAACAUUAACUGCGAAACGACUGCCGCUUUGAAUGCCGACAGUAGAGUACCGAUUGAUAUCUUAAACAUAUUCUUCACAGCCAUUCAACAGUUCGCUCUAUUUGUCCAUCAAUUUGACUCUUUUGCUUCAAUUCCAGCUCAAGAUAAACAAAUCCUAUUGAAAGGAGGAGUUCUGGAGUUAUGUUUCCUCAAAGGAGCGUUCAGUUAUGACCUGAGAGGAAAACAUUGGAGAUAUGAUGAACGGUCUUCGGGUGUCAUCUAUUCGGAUAACUUGCAAUCAUUGGUGACUAAAGAUCUUCUGGAAAAACACAUGCAGUUUAUUAAGACAAUUAAGAUAUUAAAUUUGGAUGAACCAACCUUUACAAUGCUAACUCUUGUCAUUUUGUUGACAUCGGACAGAGAGGGACUGACGGCCAGUCAAUUAGUUCAGAAAGAACAGGAAAAAUAUUUAUUACUAAUGAAGGCAUAUAUGAAUUGGCGGUACGGCUCUCAGCGCUCUUCACUUUUGUUCCCAAAAUUAUUACUAAAAUUAACUGAUUUAAGAGAGUUGGCUGAAGCACAUACAGACUACCAGUUAUUGUUAGGCCGUCACGAACUUCAACAGAUCCAACACAAACUGUCCACUUUGAACACUGCUGUCGACAAUAACCACUUCGAGCUAACCACACAACUGACCAUCAAUUCAAACGAUUUUGUGCCGGAGUGGACAAUAAACCAAUGCAUAACAGAUCCUUGUUUUACUAUCAGAGGUCUAUAUCCUGAUGACGAACUGUCCACUGGAAGUACAACAAGUGAAAUAUCGGAAAAGUUUUGUUUGGAUUAAAAAAAACUUUAUUUUAUAACUUUAAUUGACAUAACUUUUCACAUUAGAUCUCAUUGAUUGCAAAUU